AUGACAUCCACAGAUGAGUCCAUUGAUGAGCAUGACCCCCAUGAUCCACUUCCUUCCAGGAGUCUCUGCAUCCAGAAUUCGGACAAAUACUUCCACGCACGGGGGAACUAUGAUGCUGCCCGAAGGGGACCUGGAGAUGUCUGGGCUGCUAAAGUCAUCAGUGAUGCCUGGGAACGUAUUCAGAGUUUCCUGAGCUGUGGAGCAGAGGACACGGCAGCCAACCAGUUUGCCAAUGAAUGGGGCAGGUGUGGCAAAGACCCCAACCACUUCAGACCUCCAGGUCUGUCUCACAAGUACUAA